UUUUGUGUAGCAUAGACCGCCAUCUUCCUUCUCCUCUUUUCAUCUCACUCUCUCACUCAUUUCUCUGCUACUCUCUAUACGCACAAAUAAAUAUUUCCAUAUUUGUCUACGCUGGAACGUUGUCCACUUGUCUAUCUACUCUUUUCUUAGAGUUUCCCAUAGGAAUAGGGAGAAAGAGAUAGGAGUUGACAUAAGGGUAUGAAGAAUUGUGGGAUGGGCACAUUCAUGAGGAGCAGGAGAUUUGGAAGCUAUUUUGAUGCGUGGUCAGGCUUGGAUUUGGGUGCCCAAUCACAAGUGGUGGUUAAGGGGGAGUUGGAGGGGAAGAAGCAAAAGACAAGAGAUAAUGUGUAUGUGGAAGAUGAUGGGUGGUUGUGUGUGUUGAUAUCAUGGAUUAGAAUAGUUGUGUGUUUUGUUUCAAUGAUGGUCACCACCUUAGUGUGGGCUGUAAUCAUGUUGGUGCUUUUGCCCUGGCCUUAUCAGAGGAUUAGGCAGGGCAAUAUCUAUGGGCAUGUGACUGGAAGAAUGUUGAUGUGGAUUUUAGGGAAUCCAAUAAAGAUUGAAGGAGCCGAGUACUCCAGUGAGAAGGCUAUUUAUAUCUGUAAUCACGCGUCUCCUAUCGACAUUUUCCUCAUAAUGUGGUUGACCCCUACUGGCACUGUCGGCAUUGCAAAGAAAGAGAUUAUAUUUUACCCACUGUUCGGGCAGUUGUAUGUUCUGGCAAACCAUUUACGCAUUGAUCGUUCUAAUCCAGCUGCUGCAAUAGAGUCCAUGAAAGAGGCUGCUCAAGCAAUUGUGGAAAACAAUUUAUCUUUAAUUAUUUUCCCCGAGGGUACAAGAUCAAAGGAUGGUCGACUAUUACCGUUUAAAAAGGGGUUUGUACACAUGGCGCUGCAAUCGCGGCGCCCAAUAGUCCCGAUCAUUUUCACUGGAACGCAUAUGGCAUGGAGGAAAGGCAGCAUGCACGUUAGACCGGCUCCUCUAACCGUCAAGUUUCUCCCGCCAAUCAGAACCGAUGACUGGACAGCUGACAAAACCGAGGAGUAUGUAAGAUUGGUACAUGAUGUUUAUGCCAAAAAUCUCCCAGACUGUCAAAAGCCCCUACAAAGAUGAGGUAAUUCCAUCCAGGCCACAGAUGAGGAUUUAGAUAUCAGUCUGUGGGUUCUGGACUUGAAUAAAGCAAAAAUGUUGCUUAGAAUGUUUGUAUCAGAAACUGUGAGGGAAUGAAUCAAUUGUUAUGCCGUGGACCCAGGUCCACCUUGCAAGGUGGACCUGGGUCUACAUUCACAUA